CUGCUUUCCAGUUAUUGACCAAGGACAAAGCCUUAAUCUUCUCACCACUUUUACACAGAAUCUUGAUAUUCUGGCAACAUGGUCGCCGGAAAAUCUCCGGAGCCUCUUCCUCCCGGAUGGAUCGAGCAUGUGCAAGUCAAAAACGGUCGCACGACCAAGUACUACACAAAUGGGGAAAAUGGGAAAAAAUUUUAUUCCAGGAAGGCUGUGAUAAACCUUGUGAAGGCGGGAGAUGUUAACCAUGGUCAAAAUCAAGGAAUCAAUAAUGGUGAAACUCAAAGUCAAGGAAUUGGUAAUGGUGAUGGUCAAAACCAAGGAACCAAUAAUGGUGAUGUUCCAAAUCAAGGAACCCCCAAACCUGAGAAUAGACGCUCCAAAAGAAGUACUACUUCACCUUCGCCAAGUUCAAAGCUUGCAUCAAAAACAGAUCAAUCUUCAGAUUGGUUACCUCCCGGAUGGACAGUUGAGUUGAAAACUCGGUCAACUGGCUUAAACAAUGGUAGCACUUACAAGUGUUACGUCAGUCCAUCUGGACGAAAGUUAUAUUCUAAAACUCAAGUGUCUCAGUUUCUCAACAGUGCUGCAAAUAUCAACACCCCUAUCAGCAAUGAAAAUAAAAAUAACAUAGAAGAAUCCUCCUCUAAUCUGGAAGUGCCUCAAAAUCAAACUCCUAAGGAGAACCAGACCCGUGCAUCUCGAAAACGGAAAUCUGGCAUGGACAAUCAGACUCCUAAGACAGUUUCCCCUGCAGUUGCAGCACAAGACAUUUCAGCAGAUGGGUUACCAGCAGGGUGGAUAAAAGAAUUAAGAGAAAGGACAUGCCCAAGUGGGAUAAUAAGAAAGGACCCGUAUUAUAUAGACCCUGUCAGCGGAUAUGAGUUCCGCUCCAAAAGAGAUGUUAUGCGCUAUUUAGAAACUGGUGAUAUUAAAAAGUGUGUGAUAAAGCCCAAGAAAAGGGACGAAUCAACACCCAAGGACAUACAUCAUAACAUAGAAGAAUCAUCUUCUAAACUGGAAGUGUCUCAAAACCACAAAUCUGUGGAGGACAACAGUCAUAUAUCCAAAAGACGCAAAUCUGUUGUGGACAAGAGUCCUGCAAAGAUAGUUUCUCCUGUUGCAGUUCAAAAUGAUUCAAUGGGUGAGUUACCACCAGGGUGGAUAAAAGAAUACAAAACUAGAAGACUUGCGCAUGGGAUAAGAAAGGACCCGUAUUAUACAGAUCCUGUCAGUGGAUAUGUAUUCAGAUCCAAAAAAGAUGCUUUUCGCUAUAUAGAAACUGGUGAUAUUAGCAAGUGUGCUAUGAAGCCUACCAAAAGGGAACUGGGAGCAACUUCCACUGACAUAUCUUAUAACACUGGAAAGCCCUCUCCUAAGCUGAAAGUGUCUAAAAAUAAAAAAUCAAUGAAGGUCAAACGCCACGUAGCCAAAAAGCAGAAAUCUGGCAUUGGCAAGCGCCCUGCAAAAGUUGUUUCUAAUGCUGAAGUUCAAACCGGGUCUGUUGAUGGGCUGCCAGAAGGGUGGAGUAGAGAACUUAGACCUAGAAGAUGUGGGACAAAAAGCGACCCGUAUUAUAUAGACCCUGUUAGUGGAUUUGAAUUCCGUUCCAAAAGAGAUGCUCUGCGUUAUUUAGAAACCGGUGAUAUUGCCAAGUGCAUCAUGAAGCCCACAAAAAGGGAACCAGGGUCGGCAUUCAAUGACAAACCUCUUAACAUAGAAGAAUCUGCUUCUAAACUGGAAGAGCCUCAAAAUAACACAUCAGGGGAGGACCUUAGCAACAUAUCCAAAAAGCGACAAUCUCAUCCUACAAAGAUUGCAGUUCAAAAUUCAGUGGAUGGGCUACCAGCGGGGUGGAUAAAAGAAAUCAGAACUAGGACACAUGCAUCAGGGGGGAUGAGAGAAGACCCGUUUUAUAUAGACCCUGUCAGUGGAUAUGUAUUCCGUUCCAAGAAAGAUGCUUUGCGCUAUUUAGAAACUGGUGAUAUAGGCAAGUGUGUUAUGAAGCCCAGCAAAAGGGUUCCAGGAUCAACUGUUAAUGACAUAUCUACUCCUGAUACGGAUACCAAAAAGGAAGAAUCGGGGUCUUGGACCAGAAGACAACUUUUUGCUGGCGAAGAAUUGAAAGGUAAGGAAGGUGCUGAUCCUACUGAUGCUGCCCCGACACAAGCUGAGGGGUCAAACAAAAGACGGCGCAGCAUUACUCAAGAUUUCCUUAACGCAAGUCCGGAGGCUGAAGUAAAUACCGUUAAAACUCCACGCCGAAGAGCGAGUAAAGGUUCUCGUGCAAAACCAACACCAAAUGCCUUAAAUGGAGACGCUUCUGCUCCUCAGUCUAUGACAAAGACGAGACAGCCCAGGAAAACCAAAGCUCCGAGUGCGAGUGUGCCUGGUCGGACCUCGAAAAGACUUGCGCAGAACAAACAAGAAGUGGAAACCAAUUUGGGUCUUAAUGAUGAGGGGGCUCUUCAAGCUGGUAUUGUGAACUCCAGUGGAAUUGAGGUCAAUACAUCUAUCAGUCCACCUUCCAGUGAUCCAGCUCCGAAAGUGGUAGCCAAUACGGGUUUUGUGGAACAGGCUUUUCAAAGUGCUAUUCCAAACUCCGGUGGAAUUGAUAUCAAUACAUCGUGGGGACCCAAUGAUCCGGUUCAGAAAGUGGUAGCCGAUUUGGGUCUUGGUGAAGAGAUUCUUCAAGGUUCUGUUAUGAACACUAGCGGAAUUGAUGUCAAUACAUCUCUGGCCCCUACACCCAGCAAUCCAGCUCCGAAAGUUCCUCAGUACUUUGAUGCUAAUAAGCCAACAACCGAGGUUUAUCACGACUGCCUAGGCGACGAGCCUUUAUUUCCAGCUGAGAACCGGGGCAUUCCCGGGAAGCAAGUAGUUGGACCACACGAUGACGAUGUUGACAUGAACUUACCACUGCCAGUGCCAAACCCCCCACAACCACAGUAUCGCAGUGGGGAAUGUUGGUCAGACCCGUGCUUAGAUUUCGCGCUGAAAACCCUUACAGGUGGAAUGUCAGCCGAGAAUCCUCAGGACCACCCGCGAGGUGCCCCCCACCAGCAGCAGCAUCAGCAGCAGCAACAACAAUUCGACCCUCCUUACACACAGGGCGACAGAUGCUUCAAACUCCCUGUAUUUGAUUCAUCACGCCUUCACCCUAACGAUCCUUCACCCCAUUCUGGUUCACUAGACAAGCAAGUGUCAGCAGGGUCACAAUCACCAAUGAACUCGCCUCUCUUACCCCCGGGAUUCGGCAUACCAACUUACAGCAGCAUCGGUUCCCAACAGUCUGGUUUGGAUGCUAGGAAGGACUACCACCCGCCUAACCUCUAAUCUGAAUUCUGAACCCGAAGCAGCCUACUCUCCCUUUCCCCCGAGGCCAAACGCACCACUGGUAAGUACUGUAAUUCAUCGUGUAGAACUAAACUAUUUGUUCCAUGCGCAUGCGACUUUGCUGCAGCACCUAGUUGUUGUUUCCGAUUUGUAAUGCUUUAUGAUUGCGAUAAAAAAAAAAAUGCACGAGCCGUGAGGUGACACUCUGCUAGCUUGUGCUUAGGGCUAGCCAGCCAUGAAUAAGGUAAAGUAGGUGAAAACUUGUGUUGUGAGAUGAUGAGUUUGUUCCGACAACCUUCUUUUCAUCUUCUAAAGACACAAUGAGAUGGCAUCUUAUGUUUCUUUGUA